GUGAAGAGGCAAGUCUUAUAGUUUUUCUCCAGGAUGGGCAGUCUCGCUUCAGACGCAUCAGGACCAGAGCAGCUUCGGUCCAUGGAGAGGUGUCACUAGACCUACCGAUCCAUGAGCGCGGAGGUGUCGGUGGUAGAUUCGGUGGAGAACUCUCGCUCUGUCAGCGAGAUUGCCGCCACAAUCUAAACGCACUGAUCCUGAGCUCCUGGUGACGAAGAACCGAGGAGAAGAUGAACAUCCAAGUCAUGCCAGAGCACAAGCUUUCGUCGGUGGCGCCGCUCAAACAGUGUAAUGUGGAGAAGAAGGAGGUGGAACUGAUGCUGGUGAAGGACCAGAACGGAGUCCAGUACACCAGCUCCACGGUGGUCGCGCACUCCAGCAACGGCCCGGUGGGAACUGAGUUGGAGAACGAUCGGGAGACAUGGGGCAAGAAAAUAGACUUCCUACUGUCUGUCAUUGGCUUCGCUGUCGAUCUGGCCAAUGUUUGGAGAUUUCCUUACUUGUGCUACAAAAACGGAGGCGGUGCCUUCCUGAUCCCCUACAUUCUUUUCCUGUUCAUCGCGGGGAUGCCAUUGUUCUACAUGGAACUCGCCCUGGGCCAGUACAACAGGGAAGGGGCAGCGACAGUGUGGAAAAUAUGCCCCGUCUUUAAAGGUGUGGGAUACACAGUCAUCGUCAUAGCCUUCUACGUGGGCUUCUACUACAACGUCAUCAUUGCAUGGUCCCUGUACUACCUGUUCUCCUCCAUGACCGCAGAACUGCCAUGGCUCAACUGUGGUAACUACUGGAACAGCGAGAACUGUACGGACCCCGGGGCCAUUAACGGAUCUGUCCUUGGCAACGGAACCUCCUAUGCCAAGUACAAGAUCACACCGGCAGCAGAGUAUUAUGAACGAGGUGUACUGCACCUCCACGAGAGUAAAGGUAUCCACGACUUGGGUCUCCCUCGCUGGGAGCUGACAUUGUGUCUGGUAGCUGUGGUCUUCAUCCUCUACUUCAGCCUGUGGAAAGGAGUCAAAUCCUCUGGAAAGGUUGUUUACAUCACAGCGACGAUGCCGUACGUUGUCCUUUUUGUGCUGCUGAUCAGAGGAAUCACUCUCCCGGGGUCCAUGGAUGGCAUCAGAGCCUACCUUCACAUCGACUUGAACAGGCUCAACAAUCUAGAGGUGUGGAUCGACGCAGCCACCCAAAUAUUUUACUCAUUAGGAGCAGGUUUUGGAGUCCUCAUCGCCUUUGCCAGCUACAACAAAUUUGACAAUAACUGCUACAGGGAUGCUCUGCUGACCAGCACCAUCAACUGCGUCACUAGUUUCGUCUCAGGGUUCGCCAUCUUCUCCGUGCUGGGAUACAUGGCUUACAAACACAAAGUCAAGAUAGAAGACGUCGCAACCGAAGGGGCUGGGUUGGUGUUCAUCAUCUACCCCGAGGCAAUAUCCACUCUCCCUGGGUCAACAUUUUGGGCAAUAGUGUUCUUCAUCAUGUUGCUGACUCUCGGCAUUGACAGCUCGAUGGGGGGAAUGGAGGCCGUCAUCACUGGUCUGGCAGACGACUUCAUCAUCCUUAAGAGAAACAGGAAGCUCUUCACCUUUGCCACGGCGGGUGUAACCUUCCUGUUCGCACUUCUCUGCGUCACAAAUGGCGGUAUCUACGUGUUAACCCUGCUGGAUAAGUACGCAGCCGGCACUUCUAUUCUGUUUGGCGUGUUGAUCGAGGCCAUCGGAGUGUCAUGGUUUUACGGUGUGGACCGCUUCAGCGAAGAUAUUGAGCGAAUGAUGGGAUUCAAGCCUGGUCUUUACUGGAGGAUCUGCUGGAAAUAUGUCAGCCCCGUGUUCCUCCUGUUUGUGGUGAUUGCAAGCACACUGACAUCAUCCAGCCUGAAAUACGAUGAGUAUGUCUUCCCAAGUUGGGCCAACGUGAUCGGCUGGGGUUUGGCCAUGUCCUCCAUGCUGUGCGUUCCCUUCUACGCUUUGUAUAAGUUCCUGAGCGUGCCAGGGACGUUCAGAGAGAGAAUAGCUUAUUGCAUCACUCCAGAGCACGACCAUCAUUUGGUAGCCGAGGGAAAUGUACGGCAGUUCAAACUCAGACAUUGGCUGGUGGUCUGAAGCUGUGCUGGCUCUGUGGUCAGAUCCCCGAGGAGGAGCACAGACUCCAACUCCUCUCAGUAUUUUCAACUGCCCCAGCCCUCUUCUGUCAACCGUGUAAAGAUAACUAUGACCGCUCAACAACCUUCCUGGAACCGUGUGGUGUCGACUCACGUCGGGGGAAGCUCCACCUCUGUCCUGGUUUUACAUGCUAAUGUGAUCUCAAUCUGUCUGUGAGGAUAUUUCCUGAGGGGACUGUUAUUUCAUAGAAGGGACCCACAUUGAUUUGUGUUCUUCCCCUGAUGGGGCCUGGCUACUUCUGAGUGUUUUACCUUGUUCUUGGUGUGUUAUUAUUUAUUACUGCAUUAUCGAUGAAUGACGUAUCUGUUACUAUUACUCUGCUGGCAGAUGCGCUUUUCUGUGUCAGUGCCUUACCAAGCCAGACGCCCGUCACCCCACGGACCAGGAAGCAAGAAUAUACUGCGUUGACUCAGGAACCCGCAGUUAAGCUGUUUCUGUUUAAACUAGUAGAAUCCAUUUGUUUCUCCGUAGAACAUCCGUUCGUUUUCUUUUCAGUUUUUGAUUUGAAUCACUGUUGGACUGUUUGUGUGUGUGUGUGUCUGUGUGUGGUGUGUUUGUGUACUUGAACACACUCAUCAAACCAUAUGAAAUUUAAUACCUCUUUCCAUCAAAAAUCAAUGUAAAGGCAAUGCUAAUUCCUAUAAGUGCACAUAUAUCUCGACAAGUAAACUAUGUAAACUAAGGAGAUUAAAUGUAGCUUCCUUUUUUUGUUUUCAGUAGAGACAACAUAUUUUAAACAUUCAUAUAAAAAAGCUUAUCCAUAUUUAUGCUUCACAGUGAGUUUCAAUUGUUUUAAUGGCUCUGUUGCUGUGUACUGAAAAUAAGAAUGAAGGUCACCUGUGGUAUGGUCUGACUCUUGGGCUGCUACUUUAGCUAAGACUUUCACUAAGGCUAUAUUUUGGUGUCAUUCAGACGUUGCGAUAUUUCACCUUCAACACCAAAAGUCAGCCACAAACACUUGAGUAUGUUUCACUACAAUAUAUAGAUAAAUACCUCAAAGCCUAGUUCCUUUUUUUCUCAGCAGUACAUAUUCAAACAGAACGUUUCUAGAUGCUGCGCUUAAAGGGUGUUUUCUGGCAAAUGAAGUUGUUGCUGAUCGUCUCACCUUACAACUCACCUCCUCCCCUGCUUCUGACUUGGCAUUAUGCAACUUCCUGGGCUGCUGAUUCUACUUUAGACGUCAGUAGAGUGUGUGGAAAAAAAAAAUAUGCUGAGAAGCAUUAUGGAUGCGGACUGUUUCUUGGACAUAAGGCCUGUUGUAUGUUCAGACCUGAAACACAAAUUACAGCAAGGCCUUGUCACAGACAUAUGUCAUGAUUAAUGCCAGACAUCAGGGUCUGAUAUCAAUUAAAUUUAGUUAAACAAAUGACAUUUAUCUUACAAUUAGUUUUUUUUCUUCAUUCUGUUAUAACCCUGUCUCACUCUUCACUGCUUCUUGGCGUCAUACAUGCUUGUAUUUUUUUUUUUUUUUUUUUUGCCCGAGGAGGCAGUGACUGGCUCGUGCGUGGAUCUAUUUGAAGCCUUUUUGCCAAAAACAAUAACCACAGUGCACAUGGAGGAGUUUCAAAGGGCUCUUUCAUUGUAUUGUGUGAUAAACUCAGCUGUUUUAAAUAAGAUGCUGCCUUUUUUGUUCAUCAUUUAAGGAGGUACUUCAGUUAUCUUCUGUUUGUUUAUUCAAAUUAUAAUAAAUUAUAGACCACCCAUAUUCAAAAGGAAUAAAGCCACAAGUAAAAAUAUAAAAAAAUAUUUCUAUAUGUGGGGGAUAUAUAUAUAUAUAUAUAUAUAUAUAUAUAUAUAUAUAUAUAUAUAUAUAUAUAUAUAUAUAUAUAUGGUCCUUUGUUAUAUCUAAUAUGAUCUAAUAUUGUAUUUAUCAGAUUGUUUAUAAACAAAACGUGAAUGUAAAGUAUUUUAAAUGUACCCGUAUGCUGUAAUAUCAUGGUGUUUGCUGUGUAAAUGAAAAUAUUCUCGAAAAAUAUUCUUCAGUGCGAGCUGGUGACGCCUCCUCACACAUGAAUGUGAACAAAUACAACCCAUCUUUACUGGACUGUGUACAGAAACACAAUGUUCUGAUGUUGAAUGUGAGUGGAAAAUAUCUAUGAAGAAAUCCAAAGUAGUCACACGAUGAUAAUAAAGACCCUC